UCCUGAGUCUCUCCACAGCCAUGAAGACGUGCAUUGGCCUUGUCCUCACCAUUGUGGCCACCACCUGCCUGUGCCGGCCUGCGGCAGAGGCACCAGGCGCUGCGGGGGACCCCCACCAGCUCCCGGCCAGCCUGGUCCGGCGGGACUGGCCCGAGUCCCUGUCCCAGGAGCAGAAGCACCUCAAGUCCCGGUUCCUGCCUCGCAUCUUCACAGAGCUGGGUGACCGCAAGGACUACGUGUACGGUGCUGAGGCCCUGCGUGAGCACUACUACCCCGACUGGAUGGACUUCGGCCGCCGCAGCGCUGAGGACUCGGUUGAUGCCGCGUAGCCGCUGCGCUGGCCGUGCAGAGCACCAGCACGCUCGGUGCACAUCCCUGCCUGCAAUAAAGCUUUGGCACUAUGGCUACUGCUGCUCCAGUCUUUGCUGGGAAGACCUAGGGUGGGGUGGAUUUUGCCCCC